UGUGAUUUCAUAAUCAUCACAUCAGUGUCUCGCUUGUUAACACUAGCACAACAAGGCCAUAUAAGCGGAAGUAAGAAAAAUCUACGUUCGAAAGUUACCACUCUUUUCAUUGGUGGAGACUAUGGAAAAAGUGCUACAUUUGGUAGUGUUUUUUCUCCUGUUCAAGCCUGUGAUACUGGAGGAAGGUAACCACCGUAUUUUUAACCAGUAUUUUAUCUAAUAUAAACUGUAUAAAGGACACUCGUUACAUUGUUUACACUGCAUAAAAAUUAGCAUAGCACUCAAUGGUAUGAAGCAAAUCGUUCGGUCUCAUUGAAAUUUGGUUCUUGCUGUCCUAAUAUUAAAGGUGAACAAACAUUUAGCAAGCAAUCUUCGACCGCGAGUGGUUCCAUGCGAGCUUACUUCUUUGGGGAAAGCCAUGCAUAUGUAAACAUUUUACCGAUGGAUAACUUUUAAGGGUGAAAUAUACAGAGACAAAGUUGCUUGGUAUGGUUGUCGUAAUUUAAUCUUACUAAAUAAAUAAGAAUACAUGUAUCUAUAAAUAUAUAUGAAGCAAUGAACAUUUCCUUUGACAUCAUGCAAUGCAAUAUUGAAUAUGCCGAUUUAAUGAGUUAACUGAAAUUAAGUACUAGAUCGAUUUCAAAGUUCGGUAGUUUUAGCAAACGAAAACGAAAGAUGAAAAGAGCUAUCGCCGGAAGCUUUCUAUAACUGAUAUCAUAAAAAUAUCCUUCUUCGAUUCUCAACGGGUUUAAUUAGAGUGAGAGUGACAAGCGAAAGACCCUUGCAAUCAAUGCGAAAGUGUCACGCAACACCAACCUUGGAGUCACGCAGCAUAGAUCGGUGAAUCAAUAUUGGAAGGAAUGACGCUCCAUAAAUAUUUGUGUUAUCUACGUCUCCUUUACAGGAAGCUUCUGGCAGGUUACAGACUUUCAUUUUGACAAAACGUACCAGUCCCCCACAGAGCCUGGGAAGAUAUGUAAUUCCCAGACCCCAAACAGUGAGACGCCUACCCAUGCUGGCAAAUGGGGUGACUAUCUUUGUGAUUCCCCGUGGAGACUUAUAAACUCAUCAGUAUUUGCAAUGAAAAGCAUCGAGCCAAAUCCGGAUUUCAUCAUUUGGACAGGGUAAGCUAUUUAAAAGAUCUCAGUGGGGUUAACCAUCAGCCCUGGGACGGCAAAAACAUUUUGCAGUUGGAUGAAUUUUAACCGUUAAUGGUAAAAUCAAAAAUAAAAAUAUUUACCCGUAAAAUAUUUCUGUUAACUAUGACGGAAGGAAAUUUACUGUAAGUCGUAAAAUGGCCAAACUUUAACCGUUCGCCGUAAUAGCUAUCGAUCCAGACUUUCUAUUUACUUCGAAAAGCAAUCAUUCCUGGUUGGCAACCGUAAUGAGGUCGGGAUAAUUGUAAAUUGGAUGCCUUUAUAGAUGUGCGAUGUGUUUUAAAAAAGCAAGGACAAAAGGUGAAAAGUUCGAGUUCUCCUGGGAAUUGUGGUAUUUGUGUUCGGUUGCUUGCUCGCUAGAUCUCAGUCAGAAAGACGAAGAAACAAACAGGUGACAGGAAAUCGACCGCGUUUUUUUUUUUUUUUUUUUUUGCGAGAAAAUGACGCGUAGAGUGCGAGAGAGUCCUCCCUUUAAACUGACUGCCUGAAACUGAUUAUUUGGUACUCAUACCCUCUCCUCCAUUAAUCUGGCAGCAAAUAAUCGGAAAUAGGUCCGCAGCUUUUCCAGCCGUGUUAGAACCUUCCUACCUUUCCACAAAAUGAUAUGCAAUGACUUGUCUCGUACCCAGACCUUCCACGGCCUUCCACAUUUCAGUUACACGGUUGGAUCUGGGUACGAGAUUACGCAAAGAAAUCAGUUGAUUUUUGACAUUAUUCUUUCUGUUUCCAAUGACCUAAAUCUCUCUCUAAGGGACCGGUUAUUAUUUUUCGCCGCGAGGGAGGGGGAGUCGGAUGACUUUUUUUAGGGGGGGGGGCGGGGUUAUUACAUAGUUGCAGGGGAAAGGAGACAGGAUCAGUCACCGCUAACAGAGUGUAACGGGGAGGACUACAGAAAAUUGGUUGCCGUUGAGGGGGGUCAAUGGAAUACUAAAGUCUGUGGGGAGUGUCAGGUAAAUUACACUGUGACACAACCAAAAUCUUUGUAUUGAAUCCAGACCCUCCAAGGCCACAUGAUUGUAACUCAUUUCAGUUUCAGCGUAAGAUCUGGUUACGAGAUUACCAGAAUCCUCCGGGAACUCUCUUAACCCCGGCGAUAAAUAGUAACCAGUCUCCUAUGUAAUUAAUCCUCAGCGAUGACAUGCCACACGUCCCAAACAGCCAACUGAGUACAAACGAAGUGAUAGAAACGGUGAAGAACUUAACCGACUUGCUCAGCGCUGUCUUUCCAAACACGACGGUUUAUCCGGCCCUUGGAAACCACGACUACCAUCCGAAGCACCUGAUGCCACCCGAACCGAAUUACAUUUACUGGGCAGUUGGUAAUUUAUGGAGCCGAUGGCUUCCUCAGGAUGCGGUGAAUACCUUUAAAAGGGGUAAAUGACACUCACAAGUAUAGCGAUACAGACGCUCUAGAUCUAAUCCUUCAAUCCUUUCCAUAAAAUUGCCUCUUUGUAAUAGAAUGCGAAAAGCUCUUUUUCCCAAGAAAGUGAUGCCAAAUACAUGUGAGUGAAUUAAUUUUUUCUAGUCGACUGUUCGCACGGAAUAUCCAUAAGUGGCUUGGUAGGGCGAAGACAGGAGACUAUCAUGCUCUGUAACGCGAGAGGGCUUUCUAAUGUCUCAUUCAAACUGUCAUCUCCACGAGCCCAUCUGCACCAAUUGCGUGAAAGGAGAGAAUUAUUGCUAUUUUCAUUUCGAUGCUUGUUUCAAAGAUUUCAAAGAAACUUUAUAUUUUACCACGAAACGAACAUAAAACGAAACAAAACAACAAGCAAACAAAGUAUGACGAUAAUGAUUGUCCAGCUUUGAAUGUCUUCCUCCUUAAAUUGAAAGUUUCAAUCGAAAAUGAAGCCACAAUUUUGUGAAUACUAUUCAGAUUUUUGUAUAUUAGCUCACUGUGAAGUAAUUUAAAGACCAAAAAAAGCAUCUAAAACCUCUCUGUUUUUUCUUCAGGCGGAUUUUACACAGUUCUCAUUAAGCCUGGCUUGCGUUUAGUCAGUCUGAAUACCGUGUAUUACUAUACAAACGACAAGCUAACAGGGAAUAUCUCUGAUCCUGCCCGCCAAUUUGCGUGGCUAGACGUUGUGCUCACUAACGCAAGUCGCAUCAACGAGAAGGUGUGUAUCCAUCAGAGAUUUUUUCUAUCAAGAUGGUUAAAGCUACUCUUGUCUAAGUUAGUAAUUUUUUCAGAAAGUCCCGGCCAGCCAUCCAGUCAGUCAGUCCGUCAAUUGGGCAGUCAGUCGGCCACUUACUCAGUAGGUCCGUCAGUCAGUAGGACCAUCAGUCAGUAGAUCCGUCAGUCAGUUGUUCCGUCAAUUGGGCAGUCAGUCGGCCACUUACUCAGUAGGUCCAUCAGUCAGUAGGUCCGUCAGUCAGUCGUUCCGUCAUUUGCGCAGUUGGUCGGCGAGUUAGAAAAAAAACCAACACGAACAUGUUGCAACCCUCUUCUUCCUUGUUUUGAUCAAACGUAUAGCAUGCAUCUUUCUACGUUUUAUCUGAAUGGGAAAAUCAUAUUUUCCCAGGUGUUUAUUAUAGGUCAUGUUCCGCCCGGUGCUUUUGAGCGAGCUCCAGGAAAGAAGUGGUUUUAUCCCAAAUUCAACAAAGAUUACAUUGCUGCCAUCAUGAAACAUGCUGACAUCAUCACCGGCCAUUUUCUUGCUCAUCAGCACUGCGACAGCUUUAAAAUUCUCUAUGACGGGAAAGGUAAAACUCAGUAGCUAAUAAUGAGCCAGAUUAUUUAUCCUUAAAUUUAUCGUUAAAUCAGGAAUUUUUUCAGACAAUGACCUGGCUGAAAGUGAGGGUUUCAAAGGAAAUAAAUUAAUCCUUUACACCCUAACGUAUGCAUAUUCUCCAAACUGUUUUCUGCACGUUUUUUAACUUGCUGACAAGGAGAACUUGGAAGGGAUUCAAACUCGCUUAUCCCAGAUACUAGGGUAAUUUAGUAUUAUAAACUGAGUUGAUAACGUAAAUUGGCCACCGUAAAGAGUUUCAAAGCUGACGUUUCGAACGUCAGCCCUUCGUUAGAGCGAAUGAUGAACGGCCAACGUUCGAAACGUCAGCUUUGAAACUCUUUACGGUGGCCAAGUCACGUUAUUAACUUAGCUGAUAAUACUAAAUUACCUGUUAUACUCUUCCACUGACGCAGCACCACAGUUUCUUUAGAAACUUACCCCCUUUAUUCCAGUUACUAGUUGGGUGUUAUUGAUUCAACUCAGCUAUGAAGCGGAGCAAAUGUUUUGCUUGUUGUUAAUUUCCAACCAUUGUGACUUUAUUCAGUGAAUCAAGACAAAUUAUAUUUAUCUCACCAGACCCCGCUAUAAAAUCAAAUAAGAUUGCCCUAAGUUGGUGCUGUGCCCUAAAAAAGGAACCUUGUUAGGAUUCCUGCAUCAUGAAGAUUUAACCAAGAAACAAUAACUCACCUAAAUUUUUUCUUCAGUUCCUGAAUAUUUCGCUCUCUUUCUGAUGAACCAUUGCUUUAAGACCUUAGGAAAUUUUUUUACGCAACUUCCAAAACAUCUAGCCGUCAAAAAUGUUUCCUGCUCAUCUAAACUACUGGCGGCAUUGCCGUUUUUAAUUGUCAGGCUAUCAGCAAAGUGAAGAAAUCGAUAAUUGGUACCACAGCGACACGGCCAUGCAACAAAUAGCUUCUAGAUGAGGAAAAUUGUUAUGCACUGAGCCGACCAUUGUAACAACAAUGGAAAUUUGAGAAUACAUGUAUUCUUUAUCCGCCCCGACAAGAAAAUUAGUGCACAUUUUCGAGUUUGUUUUAAAGUAGACAGCGGACUUUUCCAGUCUAAAUGAACGCUCAUCUUCAUUAUUUUCCCAGUAAAUCUAACACCUAUAAACUAGUAAACUGGAUGAAACGCCAAUGAAUGAGUGUCGGCAAUACUUUGUAAAGAUAAAAUACUGGAGAAAAAGAAAACUCAAUUAGAGACUUUAUUAGCGAUUACAAAUUUACAUAGACUGUUCUGUACUGCCAGCUGAAUUGAAUUGAACCAAAGAAAUCAGAUUCCAAGGAGUAUAGGUAUAUUUUCCUGUUUAAAAAUUAUAUUUUGCAUCUUACCGAAAUAGCCAAGAAUGCGAGUAAAUCUGAUUUCCAAAUUCGGUCCGAUUAUUUGUAGAACUUGCAGUGUAGAUCGAAAGCGGACACUUCUGAAAGUGAUAAUUGGAUUUUUCUUUUGUUUACGCUCUCUCCUAAGCGGAAACCCCAUGCAAAACAAUUUACUUAUGGCAGUGAAAUUUGUCUUUCAUUUGCAAAUCAACAGAAAUAUAACCUUUUGACAAAGCAGCAGCACAAUGGGAAUGGGUUUUGACAAACUUCCAUCUGUCCGCCGUCCAUUGUGGUGUACUUUCCCUCCGUAGGCGGACAUCCAGCCUAUUUUUCUUUGGUGUCCGCUAGUAGGAAUAAUUCUCGUAAGCGGACGACGAACACUUUUUCCAAUCCCCGAGGGUGUCCGCUUACGAGCUAAUCGAGAGUUGACCGUAUUCCUUAUCGCAUUAAAAAAAAAAUUCACGGCAUAAGCUUGUCUUUUAAGAACGAGUUAUUGUGGGCAAUGGUUUUGCCCAACGAUUUUUUUUUCGAAGGAAACGGGCCAGGAAAGUUAGAGCCUUUAACUGUCAUCAAAAGAAUUGGAAUUUGAGUGAUAUUCAUACGGUUUCUUUGUGGUGGCGUAACAGAUGUUUAACCUUCCACGUAAGAAUUUUUCCUAAAUGUCUCUUAUAAGCCGAGGAAACAAUCGGUUAAGAUCAAUUUAUAAAAAGAGUGAAAAAAAAAGAUGAUUUAAUGCAAGCCUCAAGAAGUUUGUAACUUUAUACAUCUUUUCUUAAUAACUUGCCAUAACCAGCUUAACCUUUUUUGUGGACAGUUAUUUAUGGAGGAUCGUUUUUGUGUGUGUGUGUGUUUUUUUUUUCGGGCUCGAAUCCUAACCUGAGAAGUAGCGAAAGAUUUUAUAAAAGCAGAUGUGAAAUAGGCAGAAGUUGAUGGAAACCUGUCGAGGAAGAUCUCUCUCGGGGCAAAAAGGUCAUAAAUGCUAUUUGCUCUCACCGUAAACGAAGGAAGACAGUCUUAAUAAAAAAAUUUUAAAAAAAACACUUCGGGCAAAAAACGGUCAUUUUGUUCAGCUAAGCGAUCCAUCGCGUCAAUACGGUGAAAAUCUCGUUGAAAAUCGGUCUUUGUCCAUUUGAGAAUAUUUAAGUGCCUUUCGUGCGUUUCACCAAUACAGGGAAAGAUGCCUAUCACCAGCGGAGUCGAGGCGACAUAUGCCCUUGAAACCAAAGAAUAAUAAUGGGACAUAAUUUUGUCUUGUUUGAAACGUGACCUUAAGUUUAUUUCCGGCAUGGUGAUGACCCUCUAAUUACCGGAAAUGUAUGGCGAAGAGUAAUUCACCAGCUGCCGCGUGUGUAGUUAUUAACUGUUUUUGGCAUGAAACAUUUAUCUGGAACUUCUUUUCACAUUUGCGAAUUUUGAAAAGUUACAUUUUACGUCAAAGAACUCGCCAGAUUGUAAUUCAUUUUCCGUGUUCUUCUUGAGUACUGGUUCUACAAAUGUUAUCCCGUACUCGAUAGAUAAGUCCCAUUGUAAGUCUGUUUUGUGAAAAUUUCAUCAUUUUUUUAUCCUGAACCUUAUUCAACUUUGCUAAUUUUGUAAAGCCGCUCUUAAGGAGACUAGAUUGCAUGCCAAUUAGUCAAAGAUCUCAGCAGGAGACACGUUGUUAAUUUCUCGGGGAGUAAAGUUUUUUCGAAAUCAUAAGAUGCCCCGAACAGACCUGAAACUUGCAAACAUUGUUCAUUGAUCAAUAUUCUACUAUAGCUCACUCUUUAGGCGUCAGGCUUUUAAAUUUCGAUUGCAUGACGUGUGUUUACUACUUUCUACAUGUCUUGUGCGUGAAACCCUGAGAUAAAGUAUUUUGUAUUCCCGGCUAACCGAAGAGAAAGCUUAAAUAUGUAUUGCAACAACUUGGAAUAGCAAUGACGUGGUAUUUCGGCUACAGAUACAACCUUUUUCCAUCUGAAACGCCUGCUGUCAUUCUUAAAGUACAAAACACGACGCCUCGUCGUUCACCUUACCCAUCAAAUGAUGAGCGCCAUCCAAUCAGAUACGUCGUACGACAAUCAGAUGAUUAACAGCUGAUUCGAUAAGGCUGGGGGGUUCGAUAAUGAUUACACGACUUUGUUUCGAAAGUGCUAGUUUAUCUUCCUUCUGUUACGCCAGCGUCAAGGAAGUUAAGGUAACGGUCAAUCAGUCUUUUAUCUCUACAAAUUAAAAAUGCACUUCUUAAUUUAACAUUGAUUGGACGGAUAUAAAAGCCGAGGCCACAAACUAAAUUUCCAUCUCGGUGCACCGAACGUGUUCAAGAAACUCUCAUUCGUUGAAGCAUCAGCUGUCAUGAACAACAUUGACCCUGGUGAUGCCAGCGUGGAUGUACUGGCUAUUUUACAAGACCAGCUUGAAGCCAGAAGCAAACCAACUCUCGUAAUAGAAUCAACCGUUUUGAUAACCAUUAAUAUCACUGCCUUGCUUGGUAAUGCCAUCCUUUGCUUCAUCACCUAUCGCAACCCAAGGCUUCGUACCCCUACCACGAUGCUAAUUGUCGCCCUGGCUUGCACAGACCUGUUAACCGCUUUUUCUGUGAUACCACUGACAGUUGAUACCGUCAUCAACAGCAGGAGGCGCUUCGGCGAUGGGGUGUGCAGAUUCCAGGCUUUUGCAAUGGCGAUUUUUGCCCAAAUAUCUAUCUACCUCAUGGCUUUGACGGCUUUCAAUCGGUACCUAUGUGUUAAGAAACGGAACCUUUACAAAAAAAUAUUUACGAAGAAACGUACAUUGCUUCUUAUUACCGCCAUUUGGAUAGUGGUGCUGGUCAUCAACGGGUUCCCCAAUGUUCUUUCGCUGGAUGACGUCUUCUUCUGCCCAGGUUACUUGCUGUGCUGGAGGAGGAUGAUGAGUCCAGCUGCUGUUUACUUGUUCAACGCUUGGCUUUAUGGUUCCUUCGUGAUCUCCUAUGUCGUUAUUGUGGUGUGUUACUGGAAAGUGUUUCGCGCCGUGGAGCAGCACAGCGUGGCCGUAGCUCCGAGCCUGAAUCAAGCAAGCCAGAAUACCCAGGCUAGGAACCAUUCUGAGGAAGUGUCCGUGGCGAAGGCAGUGGGAUCUAUCGUGUUUGCUUUCACCAUUUGUUGGAUACCGUCAGAAGUGAUGGACACCAUGGACAAGAUAAACCCACUUCUUUUACCUCGUCAGGUGAGAUUUUUUAUGGUACUUAUUUGAAAAAAAAUUUAGAUGAAAGUGACGUGUUUAAAGUCUCUUUGAUCAAUUUGAAAAAGUAUGCUCUAUUGGUCAGUGACAAAAAGAGAUAACAAGAUAAAGAAAAUAUAUUUUUAUUGCAGUCUGGUUACGAAUCAUACACAGGAUUUAAACCUAUGAUCAUGAGAUUUCAUUCAAACCUUAAACGGGGCAACGUGAGCGCAAAGUCACAUUUCUAAAUCUUGGUAAUUCUUUAAAUUUUUUUCGGUCUUCAAUCCACAAUUACGCAUGCUUGAAUUGAAAAACACCGUUUAUAUGAUCAUUUCAUGAUUGCAAUUUUCUUUUACAUCCAAAAACGUCCAUUUUUCGAACUGGCGUUUUCAAAAUGAAUCUCUAUGAAAAUCACGCUGUGUUCUUAUAUCAGACUCUUUCGAAUAAAAAACCUUUUUCUCACAAUAUUCGAGUAAAACGAAUAUGGUCUUUUUUUCAAAGACAUAUUUAAUACGAGUUGAAAAAACCAACAAAUUCAUUCACGUUAGGACAUUUUCUUUCCCCAAAAAAUCAUCUGCCAAGUAAUUUUCUCCAUUGUUAAGAAAUCUUUGCGGCAAUUUUAGUCAACUACCAUAAGAGGACUACACGUAAUUAGUCAUAAUGAUCUGAUAAUCAACUAUUGUUCAUUGUCUUUCCGGCUCUUCCUUCCUCUUCCUCACUUUCUAAAUGAAGACCAUUUUUCUCUUCGACCAUCCUACCCGUAAAAAUUGGUAAGAUUUAAUGAAAAUUGGGGGAAUUUAAAUCCUGGAAUACCGUUUUAUGUGACCAUACACAGAAAGGUGUCAGUAUUAAAACAAGAAAGAAAAAGCUACGGGUAAAAAGAAAACAAACAGUUUUACGUAAUAACAUGAGUAGGACCAGAAAUACACCAAUCCAGCCUAUUGUCCAUGUUAAAUAACGAAGGUCACAAGCAUUAUUUUUACAUGGAAAUGGAUGUAAAUCUCAUCUUCGAAUAUCGUGCGUCAUGCAUAUGGCUAAUGCAUCAAUGGAAGAUUAAGCCAAAUUUUUUCGAUUUUAUCGUUGCCAUGCCUCCCUCUAUUCUCCAUCCUUAGUGAUCCCCGUCACUGUUUGAUUUAUUCACCGGCUAACUAUUUCUUUUGUCAAAUCUCCCUUCAUUUUGAGCAAAUUUCUUUGUUUCUAUCAAGAUGGACCUAAGGAUUUUCACAAUAUAUUCCUAAUGAAAUUCCUUUAAAAAAAAAGUGAUAUCUACUGUAUUAAAUAUUUCUCUUCUAUCUAGGUUUUCAUCUUUGCCACUUGCUUGUGGUUUCUCAGCAGCGCCAUCAACCCCAUCAUUUAUGGCGUCAUGAACAGCAACUUCCGAGCUGAGUACAAGAGAAUGUUCGACGAUAUCUUUGGUUCUAUUAGUCCUCAGAGAGCGAUCUCGCCAAGUGAAGGCCAAGAUAUGUCCAGCCAGGGAAAUAAUUCAGUAUGAGAGCAUUUAAAUUUUUAAAAAGAAGGCAUUAAUUUUUCCUUGAGUGUCUCUAUGUCGCUCCGCGCAAGUAAAUUUAUCCUAACCGUCAAUUAUGUUCUCGCUGUCCUUUCUUCGUUUGAUUUUCAUUUACCCUGUCUGUUAUCAUUGUAAAUUUAUGUUAUUUAAGUAAUAUAUUCAUGUAUUUCAGAAACCACUGCUUAAAUAAUUAGAAUUUGAAAAUCUAUCGGUGCGUCUAUAGACUAUAUUGGCUUUAACAUGAACUUACACAUAACUUGUUAUAUCUUAUAAACCUCAGCUGUGAAGUGUGAUACAGGUUAGACGGUAAACUUAGUAGAUACAUUUUGCAUGAUUUAAUGUACGCCAGUCGAUGUUUGACGGGGACAAUAGUGCAACCCAAAAUUUCAGAUUUUUUUCAAAUAAGUAAGGCACAAAAGGCUUCUCAUGUUUCAAAAAUUCUGAGGUUCUCAGCUGGUGGCCUUACCCUGAUUGUUUGGAAGCAAAAUGUUGUCCAUGAAAAGAAAGUCUCGGACGCAUAAAUUUCGAAUAUAUGAGACUGGCUUAAAAAUGUACUUGCUGCUACACAAUGUUAAAUGGAAGAUAUCUAUUCUCAGAAUGUUUUCUGAAUUACUCCUAUGUUCGAGCAUGAAAUGUUAUGCAUUUUUACCCUGCUUUCAUGAACCACCAAUAAAUGAAUGUUUAUCCGACCACUUUAUUGUGUUUUUAUAUGUGUAUGUUUCCUAUUUGCAAUUGGCCGUACAAUAUAAAAAUAAUUUAAUGUAUAAUGUUAAUGGAGUGCAGAUGACAAAUUUCCUCCAGACCCUAGCAUUCAUUUUUUCUAUUUGUUAUUGAUGUUGUUUUGCUUUUUUUUUUAACUUCGCUUUAAUGCGAAAUCUACGCUUCCUCCUUAGGAAUUCCUACAAGUUCCAUUUUUUUGUGCCCUGCGGUAACACCCUGGAAGACAGUACUACCCACUGUUGGCUACAAUAAUCCUGGCAUUCGGCUCUAUAAAUAUGAUAAGAGCACCAUGCACGUUAAGGUAAUGAGCAAGGCGCCCCCAAUGAAAACAGCGAUCACCAAUGCCAAAAGCUUGUAAGCCGGCAUUAACUUUUACGUAGUAGUGAGCCGGCAUGGACUUUUAUGUAGUAGUGGCUUAGGUGUCGAAUAGACCACACCAAAGGGAUGCCUUGGCGCAGCAAAAUGGACGCUCUUGAUCCACAAGGGGCCUAAGACAGCAGCAAAAUUAUGGCACAAGGGUUGCGUUACAGCUUUCCAUCUUGAAACAGCUUUCCAUCCUGAAAACUUUAGCCUGAAUUUGUUUGUAAUCUCUUCUUAAACCCUCCAGUGAAUCUUCCCCGAGUUAUUCACCCUCAUUCUUUUUUGUCCAUGGUUACUUCUUUCAAUUUUCUUUUUUAAGUUCUCAUGGUCGCACUUUUUGACCUUCAGUUUGAUGAUAUUUUUUUCAUCAGUGUCUGAAAGGAUGCACCAUACUGUAAUGUGGUUUCUCCAAGUACCAAGUAUCCAUCCAAAGCUUGCCUACACUUUCUUCAUUACGAAUAAUCCCCCCCCCCCAUCCCCUCAAAAGUAAGCUUAGGGCGAUUUUUUACCAGAAAAGAUCACACCCAAGCGGAAAAUAACCUAAGUCUUCUGCCAGUGUCGCUUUGUCCAAUCCAAUCCCUGCCUUUAUUUCGUAACUCUUUUUUCUGAUUUGUUGUCGCGAUAUAUUCAGUACCCCUUUCACCAUUUAGUGGAGACUGCACUGAGUAUGAGCAGUCAAGGCUUUCGUUUAAAUAUGUUUUCAGCAGGAGUUCACUUGAAAUGUUACUGAAAUGGGUAAUUUAGUGUUAACAACUGAGUUGUGAACACUAAAUUACUACAUAAACCCGCACACAACCCACAAUCCCUCCAAUCACUCUAACGAAGGGCUAACGCUCGAAACGUCAGCUUUAAAUUCAAUUUGCUUUUUCAACUCAGUUGUUAACACUAAAUUACCUGUUAUACUCUCCCACCGACGCAGCACCACAGUUUCUUUAGAAACUUACCCAAUUACUGAAAAGCUUACCUCAACGUUGUUCGUUUCGUUUUUAUCUCGAUUAGGAUGUUUGGCAGUACUUUGCUAACCUAACACUGGCCAAUAUGAUGUCCAAACCGGAGUGGGUACUAGAAUACAAAGCUACUGACGCCUACUGCAUACCAGAUGUGAGCCCAGAGUCCCUUCAUUCACUGGUUAAAACGUUCAAAACUCCGGGCAGUUCAAACUUCGAAAAGUAUUACUUAUACAACUCAGUGAGCGCUGGUGGCGAGCAGUGCGACGAGGAAUGCAAAACAGCACAAAUUUGUGGUAUUACGGAAGUUGAUUUUGAGAAGUAUGAUGCCUGUGUGUCGCCCUCCACAAGUUCAUCCCAUGUGAAGUCUGCAACGCUCUCGGUCUAUGUCGCAAUUAUUGUUGUUUGGGCACUUGCUGUAAUAAUUUCAUAGAAUUAGUUUAUUGCCAUAAAUACGUAACACUUUAAUUCUACUGAUUGUUUAUUUUUAGUGAAGGCGGCAUUCCGAGUAAGCAUCAUUUGCAUGAUUGUUUGUUUCUUGUUGUUGUUUUGCUUUGUUUGUUUGUUUAUUUUCUAUACUUGAUUUUUUGUUUAAACAUACUCUUUUCUUUUGCUUUAUUUGAUUUUUUUUGGUUAACUUUUGGCUUUAGCCUAAUAAACUAUAAGUAACAUUUAUGUUUUAACAAUUGAAAUUUCAUUAAAGUUUCUUCCAACAUUUAAGAUUUACUUUUUUUUUUGAGCCUUAAAUUCAAAUGAGAAUAUUAAUCUAGGAUUGCUGUUUGUGUAAUAAAUUGUGUAGAUAUUCUUGUCAUUGUUACUAUCAAACAGGUCCAAAUAAUGAGCUGUGAUAUGAUGUGGUAGCUGCCUCAUAGAGUCGAGAUAACCAAAAAUGCGCCACAUGGUAUAGCAGAUAAUAAUGAUUAACAAUUAUUCACCGAAGUGGAGGUGAAUUUACUGUAAACUGGUCGGAAAUUAAACUCCGGGUGAGGGUGAAAUGUGAGAGUGAAUGGAAUGUGAUCGGUAUUUUCCUUGUGUGCCGUUUGUAGUGCUGACUGUCGAUCUAUUUAACAGGGUAAUUAAGUGAUAUCAACUGUGUUGAAAACGUAAAUUGGCCACCGCAACGAGUUUAAAUGCUUACCCCCUUUAUUCCUUAGUCGAUCAAUUUGUUGGGUGCGAUUGUGGCUCCUUGAAAGACAGAAACAGGAUAGCCACAUAUAUCGAAUAACUGGCAAAUUGCGUCUGAUUUUUCUACUAUCUUUCAAUACUAGCUUGUGUGAGUAGAUUGAUGAUCCCCUAACGAAGUGUGAAUGGAAAAUAAUACCUAUCGUGAAAUGAUUUACUUGCAAUUCUGAAAAAGCGCAGUUUUAUAACAAAAAUGCUGUCUUAUUUUCUUUCUUUGUGUUGGGGUUGGGC